AUCUCUGAUUCUACUAAAAUUGAAAAUUCUAAGUAUAUUUGUUGAUUCUACUUUGUGUUGUUGUUGUUUAGUUGGGGUGACUAGAUAGAAAUGGUGGGAGGAGGAAGCAGGAGAGACGAAGGAUCGUUGGUGAUCAACAACACGAACGUGUUUGCGGCUCUUGAAACUCUCCGGAAGAAGAAGAAAUCUGAUAAGGACCGAGGUUCUUCUAAGAAAUCUUCUUCCAAGUCUCAGCAGCCGCAGAAAGAAACCGACCCGCUGGUGCUUUGGGCUCCGGCACCGCUCAAUGUCAAAUCGUGGGCCGAUGUUGAUGAAGACGAUGAUUAUUAUGCUACGACCGCUCCUCAAUCCGUUUGGGGAUCCUCCGAGCCGUCUCAGAGUCAUGAAGACAAGAACGUCAGUUUAGAGGAUAGUGAGAGUGAAGAAGACAUUUUAGAUGAAGGUGACGAUGUGGAGGAAGAUCUUGACCAUGGACCAGAGGUUCAAGUACAUCCAGAGCCUGUGCAAAAGAAGGAUCCUGAAGUUCCUGCACCACCAAAGGAGCCAGAAAGACAACUUUCAAAGAAAGAGAGGAAGAAAAAGGAACUUGCAGAGCUGGAGGCUCUUCUUGCUGAUUUUGGAGUUGCACAGAAUGAAAAAAAUGACCGGGAUGAGUCACGCGAUGUUGGGCAAGAAAAGAAAGAAGGAGAAAAGAAGGAAAAUCCUCCGGGAGAGUCUAAAAGUGCCAAGAAGAAGAAAAAGAAGGAUAAAUCAAAGGAGGGAAAAGAAUCACAGGAACAGCUUACUAGUACAAACAUUACCAAUGGGCCAGACGAAGCAGCUGGGGUCGAGAAGACCGAGGCCGAUGCAUCCGCAGUUGACGUGAAAGAGCGGCUAAAGAAGAUGGCAUCUAUGAAGAAGAAGAAAUCUAGUAAAGAGAUGGAUGCUGCUGCGAAAGCUGCUGCACAAGAGGCGGCUGCAAGGAAUGCAAAGCUUGCUGCUGCAAAGAAGAAAGAAAAGAAUCAUUACAACCAGCAGCCAGUGCGGUAAGACAUUUUGUUCAACGGAACAUAUAUAUAUGUACGUAUGAACCAUGUGUUUGUAGAUCAUAUGACUAUCCUAAAACAAUAGUGGGCUUUGCUUAAUCGAAAAAUGACGUUUUAGUUGUAUUUGAAUGGACUAAAAACAAAGUUCUAUCUUUGUUAGCUUUUUGAAUCUU